AUGGAGUUGGAAAUGAACGCAGUACAUUUCGCCCAACGAUGCAACCUCGAUCCUGGUUUGGCGCCAUUCUUCCAAUCCUUCAACACCAGCCAAAUCAGUAUUAACAUCUUCGAAAAACCGGAUUAUUUGCAUAGCAGCGGCGAUAUUGUUAACUACUGGCUGCUUAACUCGACUGAGAGUUCUUCAAAGAUGCUGGACGUCGACAACUGGCUGAUUGGCUGCGGCAAAUCCUACUGCACGCACUUCAAGAGUAGUCGGAAGUUUUACGCUUAUGGCGAUUCGCUAACUGUCUGCUACUAUUACAAUGGUAGUUUAUUACUUCCAUUAACGAAUGGCUACAAUCUGACGGAAUGCGAUGGAAAUGCUACAAAUUUAUGCGGUGUUACCUGUGUUCUCAUCAAUACUGACUGCUCUGAAUUGGAAAGCGAAACGUGCAUAUGUCGUAUGUUUUUUUGGAAUAAUAAUAAUAAUAAUAAUAACGUUGACGAUGCUCCACUAAAUAAAUCGAUUCUACCCGAACCGAAAAUAAUCGUACAUCCCUAUUCUCACGGAGUAAUUUUGACUCCAAAAACGGAAAUGGCGUAUGAGGAUGAAACUGCAUCGCCAGCAGCAGCAUCUACUACCAAAACGAUUGAUCCGACGACUGAGUUGCAUAACUUUCAAAUCCCAUGUUGCACUGGCUGUGGUGCUGGGAAGUAUGAAGAUCCGUGCUUGAGAUUCAACCUGGAUUGCAGGGAGCUAAGGAAUACUCCGUUUACGUAUGGACAACCGCCUUGUAGCGGUCAUUUGAAAACCGAAACCGAAACUAAAAACCUCCCCACCCACAGUGCCCUACCAAUCCCACACUACAUGGGCCAUAGGCCUCUUUUUCCCCACCCUUUGCCCCCGGAUCCUCGCGAUUUUAUUGGCUGCCACACCACCGUCAAUGAUAGGACCGCCUGUUGCCCUGGGCAGAAUGAACCAAUCAGACAUAACUCCGGAUGUUACUAA